GGUGGUGGGUUAGCGUUUUCCCGCCUUUUCCUCCUCCUCUUCCUUACGACGGAGGAAGGGAAGCAGUUACAUCAGGGAGAUGGAAAGGGCGACAGCUGCUUCUAGCGCGCCAGAAGAGGACGGCGGCAACGACAGCAACACCUCCACUGGCGGCGAAGAGGGGGAUAGGAACGCCGAGGAGCCGGUUGUGUCGCUAGCCGAGGUGCUGGCCGAAAACGAGGAGUUGGAGAAGGAAGCGCGCGCCGUGCUAGGCGGGAGCGACCACGAGCGCUGCAGUUACUCUCAGGGUGCUGUAAAGAGGCAGGCAUUGUAUGCCUGCAGUACAUGUACACCACCAGGUGAAGAACCGGCAGGAAUUUGUUUAGCAUGCAGCUACGAAUGCCAUGGCUCUCACAAGUUAUUUGAGUUAUAUACAAAGAGAAACUUCUGUUGUGAUUGUGGAAACAGCAAGUUCAAAAAUCUGCAAUGCAAACUACUUCCUGAAAAGGCAACAGCGAAUCCAGCAAAUAAAUAUAAUGAUAAUUUCUAUGGAUUGUAUUGUGUUUGUAAAAGACCUUACCCAGACCCUGAUGAUGAGAUUCCAGAUGAAAUGAUCCAGUGCAUAGUUUGUGAAGAUUGGUUUCAUGGGAGGCAUCUUGGUGUUGUCCCUCCAGAUAGUGGGGAUUUUCAUGAAAUGGUAUGUCAGACUUGCAUGGAUCACUGUCCUUUCUUGUGGGCAUAUGCCUCGUGGUUAGCAGUUCCAAUUGUGACCAAAGUUAUUGCUGUAGCUGAUAAUGGAGCUGUGCUAAAUGUUGAAGAAACUGAAGUAAUCAAAAAUGAAAACAGCGUAGAUCAAAUGAAGACUGAAGAUAAAAAAGUACAAAUUAAUGAACCAUCCACCAGUUCUGGCAAUGAAUGUUCAGAGCCAGUUAAGAAGGAAAUACUCACUUGCAAGCUGCAAGAACUUCAAGCCAAGCAGACUCUGAAGCAAAACACAGCCACCUUUUGGCCACACAACUGGCGAAGCAAAUUGUGCACCUGCAAAGAAUGUAUGAAAAUGUAUUGUGAUAUGGAAGUCCCAUUCCUAACAGAUGAAUGCGAUACUGUCUUGGCUUAUGAAAAUAAAGGGACAAAUGACCAAGAAGCAGAUAGAAGAGAUCCUCUAAUGGACACACUUAGCAGUAUGAACAGAGUGCAGCAGGUAGAACUCAUCUGUGAGUACAAUGAUUUGAAAACAGAAUUGACAGACUACUUGAGAAGAUUUGCAGAUGAAGGAACAGUUGUUAAACGAGAGGACAUUCAGCAAUUUUUUGAAGAAUUUCAAUCUCGAAAGAGGAGGAGGAUAGAUCAGAUGCAGUACUACUGUAGCUAGACUAGUUUGGAAGUCUUAAAAGACUACAUAUAUUGCUGUCUGCUAAAUUCUGUGAUUUCCCUCCCAACUUAAAUCUAAUUUCUUGUUCAUCUUGAUUUGUGUCCUAGAAGGCAGAGUUUAUUAUUUGCAGCCACAUGCAUACACCACUUUCCUAGUAACUCUGCUGAAAAGUAAAAUGAUCAUGGAUUCACAGAAUAUCACUUCUGUCAAAGAGGGGGUUGGUUAGUGUUCAGAAGACACAUAUUUAGAAAGUAUAUUGGUCCCCUCCUAAGAUAGCAUAGGUGACAAAAAUCUUUUUAUGACUAAAGGAAAAGCCUAGAUAAAUGUACUUUGUUUAGCAUUCAGGGUCAAGGUACUCCUUUCUCAGAGAUUUAUUUUGGAUGCAGUAUUUCAUAUCCACAUGGCUUUAGUGCAUUCAUUUAUGGUAUAUUCUGCUAGCUGUUGCUAUUAAAAGCCAAUUUGGAUCAUUAUAUGGCUUGCUGAAAUAGUUGUUGAAGUACAACUUUUAGCUACAAGUAUACAUUCAUGACUGUUUCUUUGAGACCAGAGUGCAUAUUACAGACAGCAGUUAACUGAUAGGCAAUGAUUGUACAGAGAUUUAGUGAUAUCAACAAUAUGUUUUAAAUGACUGCCAGCACAAAAUGUGUAAAUUGCUCUUUAGUAGGUGACAAUUAUCAGGUUAUCCAUUGACUUUUUAAGACUGAAAGGAGUAUCUGAAAACUUAUAUAAUGUAAUUGUAAAUGUUUAGGAAGAACAGCCUUUAAAGCUAUUUACCAAACUGUAAAAUAUGGCUGUCAUCCUUUGUAAUUACAUUAGAGAAUACAAGCCCUUAAUACUGCAAAGAAUGUUAAAAACUUCAUUUAAGUGCAUCUAUUUUCUAUUGGUUAAAUUCACCUUUCUAACUACUAAAGAUUCACAACAGUCACACGCUGUAUACCAAUACCUCAAUAAAAUGUUUUAAGUUGGCGAGUGCUGUAGUAGCAAAGCCUAGUUUUAAACAUUUAAAGCUGAAAGUGCUUUUGCUCAUCUAAUAGUGUGCUUCAGCCUGAUUCCCUCCCUCACAGAGAACUUUGAAAAGGAAUUAUAAUCCUCAGCUUUUCAUUGGUUAUGAUUUUUCUCUCUAGUUAUAUUUUAAAUUAAUUAAGAGUCACUUCUAUAGCCAUAAGAUGUGGUUCUGUUGAGUGCAGUGUGGCUUUAUAUUGCUGUUAGAAUGGUAUGAAAAAUAACAAAUAUGAUUGUCAUGAAUGUUACUGUACAUGCCAGAGCUAAUAAGCAAUUGUUCUACAUAAUUAGAGGUUUUUUUAAGUGUGUAUGAUGCAGUAUAUGGUAAAUAUGCAUUGAAGAAACAUCGUCAGGCAAUGUGUUUCAGCAGCCUUUCAUGACACAAAAGGAGCCCUCCAAGUAUUGCCAAGCUGCAAUUUGCUACAUUUUUUACUACUGACAGACAUAAUAGGACAGAAGGAAAUCAAAAUCUAUCCCUGCUAGAGAGCAAUAUCAAACAAGUAGUACCCCAAUAGACUUGAAUUAUGACUGGUUUAGGAUGUUAAAGUGCCAAAUGAUUAUCUUUUCUACUUUACCCAAAAAGGAAUCUGAAAGCCCAGGCAUAGAUCAACCAUUUGAUCUAAGAAAACUGUAGUAGGAUUCAAUUAAACUGAUCAGUUACACUGAUUUAUUGUAACUAUUUGAGCAAACAGGAAAUGAAUCAUUUUUCUAAAGAACAGGUAUCUGCACCAGUAUGUACUAAUUUUUUUAAUGCACAAAAAUAGGAAUGAAGUUAAGUUGUCUCAGAAGUAAGUCUUUUCCCUGGUUGUUUCAAAAGUUUUAUCACUGUCAAUAAAGUUGCACACGGGUUCAUCUUUCCUACCUUUGUAUUUGGACACUCCUCACAUUGCUGUUUUGAUAAUAAGCUGAGGGAAUGUUUUGGUACUAUAGAGACUGCCAGUCAUUUCAAAGGCAAGCAAUGCAGGCUGGAGCACCUAUUCUGACAUACUUUGCAAUAUUUGCUACAGUCAAUGGCUGUUUAAAUCCUAGAUAUUAUUUUUAUAUGUCACCUUUGCUUAAGGUGAAGUAUAACCAGUGAUGGCAUAAUAGUAGGGUCAUUCAUGUAAAGGUACGUAUGUUUUGUUCCAAACCUGGAACAAACCAUCACAUUCACAAGUUGUGCCAAGCCAUUUUACUUCAGCUGCCAUUGAGCAGGAACAAAAGACUGAAUAAUGUGGUUAUUAUGAGUUUGGGCUAAAACAAAAUCCAAAUGUCCAGAGUGGCUCUACAAGGCAAGUAGGGUAAGGCUGGUGUGCAUUACUCUCUCCAGCAGUCCCCAGCAUGGCAUAUCUCGCCAACCUGCCUCCCUCUCCAAAUCUUCCCAGCACCUUCCCUCCCUUCAACCCCUGUUGCCACUGUCCUUGGCUCUUUCCCUGCCCUGUACCACUUUCUCCCAGAACAAAGCCAUCCAUUUUGUUCCAUGUAAGGACCAAAAUGUGCUUCAGUUUGGGCAUGGGUUACUUUUAACUUUUUGUACAUCCGUAUUUAUAUUACUGCAGUCUUGAAAGUGGGCUGACCUAAUGACUGGCCAGAAAUCACCAAGUGGGCUCCAUCAUGGAGACCUGAAUAUGAUACAGAAUACACUUUAUUAAGGCAGCUUUGGUAGACCAUGAUCCUUAAGGUAAUUCAGUUAGUUUGAAUAUUGCGAAGUCACUAAAAAGCAGAGUAGCCAUUAAUUGCUGGAGUGUGGUAUGGUUGGCUUCCUCUCAUGCAAUAACUAUUAUAAUCAAUAGUUUCAACACACAUGAGAUAUAAAGAGAAACCCCUUUUAAUACCUUGCUUAAAAGUGGUUCUCUUGAAAAGAAUGGUAUCUGUUCAACUAGAAAACAAAUAUGUAAGCCACAGUAUAGGAUCUGAACUAACUAAAACAAUACAGGGCACUGACCAAGCUUUCUUCAGAACUCCUUUAGCCUGGAAGUUAAACUAGUGGAAGAUAAAGAGAAGGGUGGGCAUAAUGGAAAAAUACUAAAAUUUGAGAUGAGUUUUAUGAAUAUACUGAAAAGAUUAGGUUGUCUCUUUGAAAUCUAUAUUCUGUGCUAUACCUACCUCCAUAAUCUUCCCAAUAAUUUGAACAUACAUGCUUGAGGUCUUCAUGGUCUGCGUUUUCUUUUCCUUGUUUCUCCCUUUAAUGUUCAUUAUACACUUGAAUUGUUUCAAAUAAAGAUAUUGCCUACUGUA